AUGAGAUGCCACACAGCCAGCAGUUUUGAUAGCGAUGAUGGAGACCCACAAAGAUAUGGAGCUUUUGGUAAGUCUUUAUCUACUUUGAUAGGGUGUCGAUCCUCAGUAAAUAUUUACUCUAUAUACACAAGGAAAAAUUGACAGUUUGUUUGUUUGUUUUUUUGUUUGUGGCUUUGUUUGGCAAGAGUCUCUGAACAAUUAAGAGAUGUGUAUACUUCUUAAUCCAUCAAAUAUUUUCUUUGUGUGCAUAUUUUCUACCCAUUACAUGAGCGAACAUAUCCUGGGCAGCUUAGACUGAGGAAUAUCUGGUGAUAUUCCCUGAUUUUUAAACUUUAAACUUAAAUUAUCGUCUAGAUUCAAGUAUGGCAUGCAGGCCAAAGUCAGGCUGGAGUUUGGCUCUGUUAGGCUCUAAAUUCUCGGGAAGUACCAAUGGGGGAGGGGGGGGGGCAUUUUGCUGUUGUUUACAGUAGAAGGGACAGAUUUGUUUGUUUUUAAAGUCGUAUUAUCCGAGCAUAUUUUCAAGCUAAAUGAAGGCUGUUGUAUGUUUAUGUUUGAAGAUACAGUGGUAUGAAAAGUGAAGUUUGAUGCUUCUUUGAGGAGAGAUAUAAUGAUUGUGAAAAAAAAGUUGGUCUCAGCCUCAGUUGAACUUCAAAGCGAGUGACUGCACAUUUGAUUGCCCCUUUCCAGUUAUUUAGCUACCUGCAUCCUGAAAAGUUUUGUUGAAAUACACCACUCCUUUUUUUAUGUUGAAUUUUUGCAGGUAGCCUAAUUUUGAAAAAGGGGGGUGGGAAGGGAAAUGUUUCAGAAAUUGUAAUUAGGAAAUGCUGCGGUACGUUCUUUGCCAAUAAUGUUCUGUACAAUCACAAGAUUGAUAUUUUGCAAUUUUUUUCCCAUAUUUCCUUUGUUCCUUUUGAAAAAUUUUUUUAUUUUUAUUUCCAGGAGAUGCACAACAAGUCCAGCUUUUACACCUCCUGAUUGAUACUGCUGCAAGAGAGGGCGCUCAGCAGUUUAUUGAGAUGAUCUUCUCCACCUCGGCUGGAAGACUGGUGUUCGAUGCUUCCAAGGACAGUCGAUCAUUGCCUGAAGUAGUUGCGAGAUAUCAUGGCCACAACAAGACUGCUUGUUACCUGGAAGGCGUGACCAAGAGGUACAUCAUCUGUAGUUUUAGAGUUAGAAAUCUUGUCAUUUUCCUUUACUCACAACGCCCACGCUAAACAACUUACACUUCAUCAUUUACCACGAAAACAACGUCCAAAGUCCAAUCAAAACAUGCCCAGAAAUUGUACCAAAUGAACAUUAGGUAAUUUUCCGCGUGCUUGAAUUGUAUUACACCAAUGAAAUUCUAUUUUGCCACAUUAGACUUAGCUCCAUCACGUGUCAUUUCCUUGUAAACCAACCUGCAUUUUACCUCGUACUAAUGAUAGUGAAUUUUCCACGCAAUUCUCCUGCGUUUUGACUUUUUCUACGGAUAAAAUUCGCUUUAAGCUACCUUGGACUCAACCCAAUCGCGUGUUAAUUCCUUGUAAACAAACUGCAUUAUAUCGCGUAUUUCACACACAGAGGGCAAAAUCCAAUAAGGCAAUAACCAGUCAAGGAGCCCUUUUUAGUAAAAUUUCCGCACAGCCCCAUACUAUUGUAAAACAAAUCUGUUUUCCCAAUGGCAAUGUAUUGUUUUUGUCAUUGUUUUCUCUAUCCAAGAACUGAAUGCAUAAUGUAGUAUGGGGCUGCGCGGAAAUUUUACCGUUUGCUUUUCGUAGUAAAAUUAAGUGGAAUUCUAUUUUUGAGGCAAAUACCUCUAUAGACAAAUAAUUUUGAUUUUCUCUGUUAGAGGAACGACAAUAAGAGUGGUCCCUUUCGCAACCGUUAUUUGGUCUCCGACGGGGAAUAGAUGGCGUUGUGUGACGAGACCAAACAAAGGCUGCGAAGGAGGCUACAGUGAGCGUGGCACCGAUGCAUUUUAUUUUUGAAUAGAAGUCUUUAGGCAAAGACAAUAGAACGCAAAAUACUUUUGUGAGUUCAGGUAAAUAUGGUAUAUUUUUCUUUCUACUGAUGUGAAGUAAUGCGAAAUUUUCGUUCUUUUGAAAGUUAUGCUUUUUUUCUUUUUUUUUUUACAAAAAUGAAAACAUUUGGUACACAAAGUGUCCCAUCUCAACCCAACCACCCUCUAAAAAAAUAACUCUUACACGCUAUGCAUGCCUAUGUUUCCAUUUAUUGUGGUGUGUAGAUGCAUAUAGUUUGUACUGAAUUUAACCUUUUUAAACUGUAGAUUUUCAGUAGAGAUCUCUGCUACAAAAGAAUGUCCCAAGAAAAUUAACUGGUCGGAACUUGCGCAGGCUGCUGCUGGGGAAGCACAAAGUAAGCAUGGUAGCUAAGCUACACUUAAUCACUCUUACAUUUUGAGCUUUAGUUUGUGCUCAAGUUGUAUUUCUGGUUUCACUUGUUACUCAUAUACCCUCUACACUGCUGAAAUCAGUGAUGUCUAUGACACCUUGUUUAAACUAAAAGAAACUUAAGUUAGUAAACUUGGUCAUCACGACAUGAAGGGUGAUUAGAUCAAUUUGUCAGAAGAGCAGGCUAAGGUUAAAACCCAGGAGUUAGAAUCCCCAUCUUUCUGGAUGUUUAGGAAUGUCGCAACUUGAAUCUCCCCACAGUAUCGUGUGAUAUCACCUUCAACACAAAUAAUAGUGGUCUGAAGCUUGAUCACCAAGUGUGAACGCCUCUAUCUCUGUUGUGGUCACUCUCAUCAUGCUUGCCAGAGAUGUUAACACGGACGACACCGUGAUCAAGAAAUAUUUUGACGAGUAUACCACACUUAUCAUCAAAUGCAUUCUUGCAACUUUUUUCAGCCGCAGUGCUAACAUAAUUAUGACAAUUUACAUAUUGGUCAAAGUUAAAUGAGUUUAUGGUCAUUGUCUGAGAAACUGAAUAAGUGCAGUUCUAUUUCAACGCAGGCUAUAUGGAACCUGGUAAGUCUUUUAAUGUUAAAAUUAUCUCAUAAUGGUUUUCUUUUCUCGUCAACCAAGCAGAGUGUAACGCUGAGAACGAAAGCUGUUAUCUCAUGAGUGAUCUGUCAAAGGACGCAGGGUAUUUAGGAGAUUUGGAUACAUCAUCUAGUGAACCACACAGUUCGGGUUCUGAAGAUGACAUUUCCAUUGCUUCAAAAAAAGGUAUUUCCCUUUUCAUUUCAGACCAUUUUACAAAUACUCCCCAAACAAUGUAUUCGAUUGGUUCGAAAAUUUUCUUUGCCACCUCUUUAAAUCUUCCUACUCCUAAAGUCACUAUUGCGACUCAAAAUUGCUUCGUGCUUUCAAAAACAAAGAAUUGCACGAAGCUCAUGUUGCUAAUUUUUUUUUCAUUUUCCCGAUGAUGUCCUUGUAAAGUCAAUGCAUGGAGCAAAAGAAGCUCCGCCAUGGAGCACACGAUUGCUAAUGUUUUACAACAACAUAAAAGAAUACACUUUUCACUCACAUUUUCGUUAAUAUGAAACCUUGUCCCUUUACAUUGAAAACACCGGAGAGCAAACAAAAAUUUUCAAAAAGGGUGGGAAAAGUGGGUCUCGUUGUUUCCCGUAAACACUGUGCUUAACCUCUCUGAUAAAUCACUGGUGACGUCAAAAUGUGGUAAGCAUAAAAAAGUAGCACAUGAGGCAUUUUGACAUCAUCUAUUACCUUUUGUUGAACAGGUACAUGGCAAUACAGAAUCUAUUUGUUAAAUUGACAAUGUUCUUGAACAGUCAGUGUGCAUGAUUUCUAAAGAUAUUUAGCAAAUGCUUGCCAAGGGCGAAUAAUUGUUUUAGUAUAAUUACUCAGGUGCUUUCGAAUUCUUCUGUAAAUUUGUUUUGUUGUUGAAACCAUUUAGUUGCAAUUGUUUUGAUUAUUCGUAUGGUGAUAAGCAGCCAGCUUCCACCUGAAUUUCACCGAUUUUUCUGAUUUAAUUAGCAAAAGCUUCAUGUUUUUCCUUUGAAAGUUGUUGCGCCAAACUUUGGAGUGUCGUUUUGAUCUUCAGAAUUGUAUUUUCUUCUAUUGCGUUUAUUGCUUCCUGUGUAUUAUGCUAAAGCCCAAAACAGCCAUUUCGAGAUCUAGCGCCCCUGCUAUAAUUACCUCGUGCUAGGUGAUUAUUGCAAAAUAUGAUGCAAUUCUUGACCAAUCAGAGCAUGUGCAUCUCGAUAAUCACCUGAGCAAUGAUACUAAUCUUUUCGCCAAGGAAAAUACUUCAUUGUCAGGGAUCAUUCCCUUGAAGCAGAAGCGAGAACAUGGCACCUAAAAAAGUCAAGGAGGUCUGAUGAUAUGCGAUAGCGAUUUUUUUGCUAGAUGAUUUAAAUUCCGUGACAAAAGUGACUUGGACAGGGUUAGCUUGGACAUACCAAGUAGAAAACUUUAUGGUCAAAUUUCAUUUCUGGGUUCACAUUUAACUCAUGCAGCUUCUACACUACUGAAAUAGUGUAUGUCUAUGGCGCCUUGAGUUAAAAUAAACAAAAUGAGUUAAAGCUCAACCAUCACAAUAAGAAAAAAGAUAAGUACCAAUUUGUUACGAGUGGGCAUAGGGUGAAAUCUGUCCACAGAAAGCCAUGUGUUAUUAUCCUCACAAGGAUUUCAGAUUUUCCUUUAUGGAUUUUUAAGAAUAUCACAACUUGAAUCUUCUCUUAGCAUCGUGUGACAACAAAAACGAUAAAGGUCAUAAACCUUGAUCACUAGGUGUGAACACCCUUAUCAUUGUAGUGAUCGCUCUUACCAUGCUUGCGAGAGACAUUAUCACGGCAAAAAAAAUUGUGCUGUCGUAAUCACAAGCGGGAUUGGAUGUGAUUGUGACUGUGAUUUCACCCUCAUCACUGUUGCAAUGUGAUCACUCUGAUCACCCUUGCCAGAGACGUUAUCACUGCCUUGACUGCAGGCGUAAUUCAUGGUGACUGUGAAUGUGAUUACAAAAUAUUUUUACCUGGACACAUUUUUAUCAGUGGUGUGAUCAAUCUCAUAUCACACUUGCCAGAGACGUAAUCAUGGCAAAAGAAUGAUCUCUCCCAUAUUAACGGUUUAAGUUAGUGAUGAACCGUGAUCGCGAAAUAUUUGUACUGGGAUGCCACAGUUCCAUCAUACAUUUAAUGAUACUUACAACUUCUUUCAGCUGCAGCGUUGAAAUAUUACAACAUAUGAAAAUGUACAUAUCGGUCAAACAUAGCUGAAUUUGUGAUCAUUGUAUGGUGUAGUGAGGAGUGUCUUUUUAUCUCAACACAGGCCAUAUAGAACCCUCUCUCUUUUUUUUUAUUUUUACGUGAGAAUUAAUUCUCUCAUAAUGGUUUUCGUCUCCCUUUAAUCAAGCAGAAUGUAACACCGAGAAUGAAAGCGGCGACCUCACAAGUGAUCUGUCAAAAGAUGCAGUGUACUUAGGAGAUUUAGAGACAUCUAAGGAGCCCCAAAGUUCAGAUUCUCAAGAUGACAUCUCCAUUUUGUCAAAUGAAGGUAUUUCCCUAGACCAUUUUACAAAUACUCCCUAACCAACACAUUCCUAAGCAUUGAUAGAGGCUUUUCAUGUUUAGAAAAUAACUGAAGCACUUUUCUGCAUGCAUUGAUAUUUGGCUGUUGAUCUUUUUAAAUUGUGACAUAACUACUCUGAAACACUUUUAACAGCUGUAAUGAUAAUUUUUUCCAAAAGUAGGUGAAUGUUCUUGAUGAAUGAUGCCACAGCUCACUGAUUCCACAUAAUUAUCCUGUUUGACCUUGGGUUUGAGUUGAUGUUGUUUUUUACAACAUGGAUUUUUUUAAAGAAUGGCAAUGUACUUUCAAGCAGAGCUGUGAUAAAAGUUUCAUUCAAUUUUUUUAGGUUUAACUGUUCUUUCAUAUCCCUUCUAUAGAUUUAGACCGCAACAGAUUGAUAUUAUGGGGAUACCAAUCUGAUAAUUUCAUCAAUUGAAUGAUUUUUUUGAUAUUUUUCUUCCACUUUUUUCUACUUCAAUUGCUUUGUAAGGGAAAUCGAUAAUUUGGCCUUUGCUUGAAAGAAUUUCACGCGCCCAAUAAGUAAAGGGAAUUAUUUUGUCUUUUUUUCUGCAACUAAUUUGCAGUAUCUGCUAUAUUUGCACAACUUUCCGUGUUUUAAAUGUACUAUGUACAUUCCGAGAAGAUGCUAACGACUUACAACUGAAGCUUAACUCUGCAAAUUUGAGAUGCGAUAAAUAAGUCAUGAAUGUUUUUUUUUCUCUUUGCUCAAACUUAGUGAAUGAGGAUGAAAAUUUAGCAAGAGUAAUGAACUUAGAGGUCGUUGAUGUGCAUGAUGUUCAGUCACUUCAGGACACAGAAGUUGCUGAAAAAUUUCAAGAAAAGGCGGAAGUUAUGUUUCCCAAAAUACGGGAAGCUGUCCAAUGUCACCCUACAGGGGUGGAUAGACUUGACAAUGUGAGGAUGGAAGGCAAGGUAUUUCAUUAUUGUAGCAUAUUGGGAGGUGUUGCGAGCAUCCUCGCAGUAAUUGUAACAGUAGUGACAGCAGGAGCUGCCUCACCACUUUUACUAGCAGGGCUGAGCCUUGAUGGAGCUGGUACAUCCUUAACAACCUGAACUAGGGAGUCGAUCGUUAACUCGAUAGAAAUCAAGGAAACUGAUAGUGACUUGAAGGAGGCUCUGGAAAGCAUGAGGGAUGUCUGAGAGAUUGGUUGAAAAACAAAACAAUAUCCAGACUGCACUUCGUAAGUUCGCUGGCUGAGCGGAGGCUACCCUCGAGGCUAAGACUUUAUGGGUAACACUUCUGCCCCAGUUGCUGAAAAUAUUUCAGCAAUUGGGGUGGAAUAAAAACACUAUUUAGGAAUUAUAUUCUUGAAAGAAAAUAAAAUUAAAUGAAUGAGGAUAUGAAAAAUAGAUCAUGAUGGAAGUGAAAGCAAAAUGAAACAAAUCUGAUGUAUGGUUUACUCCAGUAGGCUUUAGUAUACUUUGAGUUCGAGACAUAAAACUCCAUAUCUUUUUCAGAAAAAUUGAACAAUUAACUGGCUGCAGUUGGCAAAGAGAUCUCAAGCUCACGUCACCAGAAAAAGCAAAUGAUUAAUUCCCCCCAAAACUUAACACCGGGUCACAAAAUGUAUGACGCUUUCAUGGACUGAUGUCGUUUGCUUUUUCUUGAGACAUGAGCUUGGGAUGUCUGUGUAGUUGGCAGCUUCUCCACAUGGUGGCCAGUGGAAACUCUAAAUAUUCAUGAAUUUGGAAUGUCUUCUCAUCACCAUCUGGUUGAGAAUAUUGUCUUGAUAUUUAUAGUGAAAGGCAUAGUUUACUACCAUUAAAUGAUCCUUGCCUUAGCAGAUAUCUGACAUUUCUGCCAAAGAUUCAGACUGGGCACAGGAGGAAAUCUCUACUAAUUCACAUAAUGACACGGACCAACUUACAGGUAUAUUUUUAAAUGCGUCUAAUUUAAAUGCUUUAUUCUUUUGAAAAAAUACAAAGUUGCUUUCUUUGAUUUACUGCUACAAAGUUUCCUUCUUAACUAUUGCAGUGGUUCAAGAUACUUCCCCCUCAUCAGGCUCUGUGAAGGUAAUUAUAUUAUUUCAGAAAUUGUCAUGGUGAUUGGCAAAUUUAAUCAGGCAUGAGGAAAGCCACACAGUUUAUCAAUUAUUUGACACGAACCAUUUCAAACAUCAAUUCUCUGUACUUUGUGGCUCAUAUUUCUCAUAUUUUUAGCUCUGAGGAUUUGUUGUUUUAUCCAAAAGUAACCCUAGUUGGUUGACAAUUUGGUUCUUCUCAUAACCAUCUGAUUGAGAAUGUCUUUACAGUCAUAGUGAAAGGCUUGAAAGUUUAGCACUAAUAAGUAAUCCUUGCUUUAACAGAUAUUUGACAUUUCUGCUGAAGAUUUAGGUUCAGCACUGGAGGAAAUCUGUAUCAACUCAGAUAAUGAUGUGGACCAACCUGGAGGUAUAUUUUUUAAAUGGGUUUAAUUUAAAUGCUUUAUUUUGAAAAAAUAAAAACGUGAUUUCUUCGAUUUAAUGCCACAAAUUUUCCUUCUAAUCUGUUGCAGUAGUUCAAGAUAUUUUCCCCUCAUCAGGCUCUAUGAAGGUAAACGUGAAGCUCUGUAUCUUUUACAUGAAAAUACAGCAAUUAACUGGCUGCAGUUGGCAAAGACAUCUCAAGCUCACGUCACCAGAAAAAACAAAUGAUUAAUUCCCCCCUAAACUUAACACCGUGUCACAAAAUGUACGACACUUUCAUGAAUUGAUGUCAUUUGCUUUUUCUCAGGACGUGAGCUUGGGAUGUCUGUGCAGUUGGCAACUUCUCCUCAUGGUGUCCAGCAGAAACCCUUGAUUUUCAUUAAUUUGCAAUGUCUUCUCAUCACCAUCUGGUUGUGAAUGUCUUGAUAUUUAUAGUGAAAGGCUUUAAAGUUUACUACUAUGAAAUAAUCCUUGUCUUAACAGAUAUCUGACAUUUGUACCAAAGAUUUAGACUCGACACAGGAGGAAAUCUGCACUAACUCAGAUACUGAUGUGGACCAACGUGGAGGUAUAUUCAUUAACUGGGUCUAAUUUAAAUGCUUUAUUCUUUGGAAAAAAUGAAAAGUUUGUUUCUUUGAUUUCCUUCUACAAAUUUCCUUCCAAUCUAUUGCAGUGAUUGAAGAUAUUUCCCCAUCAUCAGGCUCUGUGAAGGUAAUUUUAAUAAUUUUAGAAAUUGCCAUGGUGAUCCGCUAAUUUAAUCAGGCACAAGGAAAGCCUCUUGAGAUAGGAGGGAGGGCAAAGAUUGACUGGAAUGAUCAGAAGAACAAAACAAAACAAAGUCUGUGGUCAUCUGACAACCAAGUGUUCGCCAACUGCUAGCCAGGCACAGCUGAGCAUGGAGGCCUGGGGCUAAUUUGGUUAAUCCCCAGAAUAUGAAACAUUUAAUGAGCUUUAAUUGAUGCAUUUUUAUCUGGAAAAAUGUAUUCUAUUUCAAAUUUAAAGUUGUUAUGGUUAGCUGUAGAUUGUCUUUCUCUAUCAAUGUGCCUACUCAAUGAUUCGUUCUUUACACUGGUAUUGGGGUUUGAUAUUUUUCUAAGAUUUUUGAUUUAGCUGAAUUGUAUAUAAAGUUUUUGCCCAUUUCAACUUGAGGGAGAAUGAAGUAGAAAGGUAUUUGGCUUUCAAACUUGUUUUCCAAGUUCAGUAGUUGAAGGUUGAAAAAAUGAUAAAAUUAGCGUUUGGGCUAAGUCUUUUCUUGUCUGAGCAUGUCCCCGUUGAAUCUAUUGCAUGAAGAGACUAACAGUAUUUCUAUACUCUUCCCUGGAUGGGAUAUGAAACAGAAUUGAACUUAAAUGUGUCACUAAGACCAAGAAUGAACUUGCAUUGUGCUAUAGUAUUGUUCGGAGAGUGGAGAUUAUCUCCAGUAAUCAGGUUCAAAAAAUACUAAUUUUCCACAUGCCCUCUCCAUUCCAUUAAGACACAUAAUUGUAUAGUUAAAAGGGAUUAUGCAGUAAUGAGAGCACUUGCCUUCCACUACUGUGGCCUGGGUUCGAUUCCAGGACCUGGUAUCACAUGUGGGUUAAGUUUGUUGUUGGUUCUCAUCCUUGCUCCAAGGGUUUUUCUCCAGGUCCUCUAGUUUCCUCCCCCCUCCCCCUCCCCCCCCCCCCACCGUCCACUGCUAAAUCAUUAUUGUUAUUAUUAUAAUUAUUAUCAUCAUUAUUAACUCCGUAGCUGUUAAUUGAUUCCCAUUUCUUUCAUAUAAAUUUAACCUAAUGCAUCGAAAAACAAAGAAAAGCAAAGAACAUGUAGAUUGGGAUAGGAUCAGACCCCAAACCAUCAAGUUAACUACUCCAGGUAAGUGUUCCUGAAACUGUUACAUGAUUUGCUCGUGUUCCUCGGCAUUUGAAACGGUACUUUCUUAAGAUAAAUUAACCUUAUCUAAUGAUUGAAAGUGAAUAAAUUGAAAUUGUGGUUUUGCAAAAUAUUAUAGCAAGCAAAAGUAAUUGCACAAAGUAUCUAUGUUUGCCUCAUGUGCCCCACGGAUAUUCCCUAGUUUUUAAACCUUAUGUCCAAUUCCUGUUCAAGUCUUUGUUUAAAGCUCUUGGAAGAUAUGAGAAGAGCGUUUUGUUGUUGUUAUAGAACAAUUAGGGACAUAUUUGUCUGUUCAAAGAGCCACGCCAGCGAACACAGAAAAGUGAACAUGUCAUGCCUUAAAUGAUAAACUGUUUGCAAGCAUUUUGUCCCUUUUGGUGUAAAAACAUGUGAAAGAUAUUUUAAUACAAUAACCGGGCUUCAUUUGGCAUGAAAAUUACAAGCUUAAAUUUGUCCUUGCACAUUAUCUGUUCCUCGAAGCUCACCGUUUUCAUUGACAUUUCCAACAGUCUAAGGCAAGAUGGCGGAUAUCACUCAUUAUGCAAGCUUUUCAGGCCCUUUAAAAAUGGAUGCCGCUUAGUAAGGCUUGUGUUGGAUAAUAAUUUUUUUUGCUGUGUAGCAGCGAUCGCGAUAACUUUGUAAAAAAAGUGGUGUUCUAGCAAUGAUAAUCGAACCUCAACACACUUACCAUCACCAAAAUGUAAGGCAUCUUUCGAGGUUUCAUGCGGGGAAAUAUAACUCCUGAUAACUACAAUAAUCUCCCAUACGUUCUCUGUAAAUUGCCAUCAAGUGCCACUACAAAUCGUUUGAUCUCGCCUUGCGUAACAAACGAGUCCAAAAAGUGGUCAUCGCCUUCUCUCCUUCGAAGGUUUUCCUUUCGUAAUAGCCUGUUUUGGAUCAAUUUCUCAUAGUUUGGAGUAGGUAAUUUUUCUCCUAAAACUGCUUACUUUUCCUCUUCUAAGUAUGAGCAGGGGAGCCAAAUAUUAAGCUUUACAUACGGCGAAAAUCUCGCGCAAAACCAAGCAAAAGAACUCCCAAAAGACGGAAAUCUUUCCGCCAUUUUGAAAAGAAAGAAAGAAAGAAAGAGUUAAAGAAAUGAACAUUAAAAGAAACACUGAAUUGGAAGAAACAAAACAAGCAAACAAACAAAAGAACAAAUGAAAAAAAAUGUACCACUUGGUCUCAAACUAAUGACCCCGAAAACUUGAGGAUUCUGUGAUGCACCACAUCUGCAAGCUUGUGAGGUAUGGCAAAUUUUUAGUUAUAUUAACCCUUUCUCUCCCAGGAGUGACCAGCAUUUAAAUUCUCCUUACAAUUUUCAUGCACUGUCAAAAAGACAGGUAAUGAGAAUUAAGAUGUAUAACACCAAAUUAUCGGGAAUAGUCAACAUAGAAAUAUAUGGUAAUCGGUUAGGAGUAUUAGCUUUCAGAUCUCGGGAGUGAAAGGGUUGACAUGUCCACCUCAAAUCCAGGAAUGAGGAGAACAGUUUUUCAGCAGCCAACAACAAUUCCUUUCAGAUACACUUAUCAUUUUAACAUUACACACGUUAAUAUUAAAAAUUAUUUCUUCUCAGUACUGAUAUAUAUAUAUUACCUGUAAUUAUUAAUAAAUUAGCAAUCAGCCAUUCUUCUUUCAACUGCUAUCUUUCCCACACCGAUAAUGGAACUUAUUUCCUGUACUUUGAAGCCUUGUUCCAACAGAAAAGACAGGUGCCCCCUGGAGAUCUCAAACGAUGGCCUUCCGAGUCGUCCUGUUAAGUUUACAGAGGGGGCGGUAUCCUUCGCUCGUAAUAUUGAAUAUUGUGAUAGUUUCAUGGCAUCGGCGAUUAAAUGGAGAUUUCCCACUGUAUCCACUUUCUCCUGGUCAAUGUCAAGGUUUACUAGCAUUCCGCUAAAAAUAAUCAAGCCUCAAAACUAUAACUCCCAUAUCAAAUCUGUCACAAUGAUCAGUCCACGUAUUCAAUCUUUCAACUAAAUUACAAAGGCAAUAAUCGCUCAGUCCAAACUCGUCUUCAGGGGCCAAGGGGAAUCCCGCUUAAGCCGUAGCAAUGACGUCAUUUCUAACAUCCCAUAAUUAUCAGCAGAUCUGGGAUCGUGCCUGAGGACUCAACAUUCAUUGCACGAGAGAAACUAAAACGGCUUGACAAGCUCGAACUUGAGAAGGCAAAGUCUAACAUUGUCAUUGAAGUGUGCAAGAUUAUAAUAGAUUACUACUGAUGUUAGAAUGUUAGGGCAUUUUCUCCUUAUAAAUUAGGGCCUUUUUAGAUUUAUGUCUAUAAACUCGACACUUACUAAGCAAAGAUUAAAGUUGAAUGCUAACAAUGAAAAAUGAAAUAUAUUAAAGUUCACACGGCAACCAAACGCCGCUGUCGAGGGGAGCAUCUCUCAACUCAACGACGACUGUAGGCACUUUGUGAGAGCAGAAGUAAGCAGCAUACUCAGGCAUGCUAAACCUCCUCCCAAAAACAUUCCAAAGGAUAUUUUCAAUGCGCUUAUAGCUCUUAAAAAGGACCUGGACAGGCUCGUAUUAUUUGCUGACAAGGGUAAUUGUGUUGUGGUUAUGGACAAACAGCAAUAUCACGACAAAGCUUUGUCUCUGUUUAAUAACAAGAGUACGUAUGCAGUCUUAAACUCUGAUCCUACCAGUGAAACUCAAAGAAAUUAAACAAAUUGUUGCUUGAUUUGAAAAAAUCUGGUAAAAUUAGUGACUCUACGUAUAAAAUGUUAUACAGUGGUCACGGCUUAUGUCCACGUUUUUUAUGGCUUAGCUAAAAUUCAUAAACCGGGAAUUCCUUUGAGACCCAUUGUCUUUUUUGUUAAUUCUACGACUUAUGCAAUUUCUGGUUAUCUUGCAAGAAUUUUGUCCCCUGUUAUUGGGAAUACUGAUUACACUGUCAAAAAUUCCUGCGAAUUUGCGGAUUUCAUAAGAGAUAAGACUCUUAACGCUUUUAAAGAAUUAGUAUCUUUCGAUGUUGUUUCGCUCUUCACUAAAAUCCCAGUUUAUCUUGCCGUUAAGGUUGCGGAGCAGAGACUCCGAGAAGAUGCUUCCCUAGUACAAAGAACUUCUUUGCCUCUGGAGGACAUUAUUCAUUUGCUGUCUUUUUGCCUCAAAACCACGCAAUUUGCAUAUAACGGCACCUACUAUCAACAAGUUUUUGAUAGAGCUAUGGGUUUGCCCGUCUCUGCUGUCAUUGCUAACAUGGUAAUGGAGGACGAGGAACAAAGGGCUUUAGCCACUUCACCGGUUAAAACCUUUAUGGAAACGAUAUGUCGAUGAUGUUAUUUCUGCAGUAUCCGGAAAUGAAGCGGAGCGCCUCCUAUCGCAUUUGAAUUCAGUAGAGCCGUCUAUCCAAUUCACCUUUGAGCGUGAAAAGGAUAGACAUUUGCCCUUUCUUGAUUUAAAUGUGUCCAAAGGGGUUUAGGGUACUUAAGAGAAAAGUGUCUACCGUAAACCUACCCACACCGACAAAUACCUCGCUUUCGAUUCUCACCACCCUGUUUGCCAUAAGAAGCCUGUAGCCAAAACUUUACUCAGGAGGGCUGACUGUCUACCAUCUUCACUCGAUUCGAAGGCUGAGGAGAGGAAAUAUGUUUCUAAUGUCCCAAAGGCAAAUGGCUAUAGAAAAACCUUUCUCCGUAACUGCCAAAACCAGUUACAACUAGUAGCACUCUUGAUGCAAGGGAAUUAGCGACCGGUUUUGAUGUUAUUCCUUACAUUCACGGUGUUACGGAACCCAUCAGGAGAAUUUUCAAUAGCCACAACGUUAAAGUUGCUCAAAAACCUUUUCAGACUUUGAGGCAUAUUUUUGCCAAACCGAAGGAUCCUGUCACAAAAGAACAACGAACCGACGCUAUUUAUUCUAUUCCUUGCAAUAACUAUGACAACGAAUACAUCGGACAGACUAAACGUCAGUUUGGUAUACGUUUGAAAGAGCAUCAAAAGGCGGUUUUCUUUUGCAAAAAGGAAAAUUCAGCUUUAUCGGAGCACACAUGCCUAACUAACUAUACAAUUGUGUGGGAUAAUUCUAAAAUUAUCACCACUAAUCAGCGUUACCACCAGCGCCUUUGUUUGGAAGCUUGGCAUAUUGACUACGCCCACGCUCCUUUAAAUUGUGAAGAUGGCGGCUUACACCUCGUCAGGAAAAAGGCGCUAAUUAGUGAUCAUAUAGAAGGACCUCUUGUUACAGCAUUUAGAUCACCCCUGAUGAAGGCACUAGACAGGAGUAUCGAAACGUUGGGUGAAUGAAUUGUAACUUCCUCGGUUACAUUCAUUAAAUCUGUAAACCAGAGUAGCAUCAAACCAUGUCUGAAUGAAUCAAAGUGCUCUGUGAGCAAACUCGUGAAUUGACAGAUGAUUAUUUGGAUUAUGUUUAAUGUUAUCUGGUUUAGGAAAUUUUGUGGUUGAUUGUCAUAUUUAGAGUACGAGCAGUAGUUCAGUGUUUGCUAAUGUAGCAAAGAAACAAAGUAACGUUGGGAUAAGAAGGCAUUACAAUUGAAAUGAUCAUGCUAUUGCAUUUGACAAGGGUGGAUGAUGUAAUGUGUUUUAAACGUAUAUCAUUUCUGUUUCUGGUUCAAAAGAAAAGGUUGGAAGUAAAUGUGGGUGAAAAGUGAAAUUUACUGUCUAUCACUUGUAAAUAUUAGAAAAUCAAGGCAAUACUGUGUUAAUAAAAACAUUAACGAUUCCCUCUUUAUCAAAUGAGACAAACGAGAAUGAGUUUUAAGUGAUAUACCUAGGCCGAGACUGCCACUGUCAUUUUGGAUCUCCGCCUGGGUAGAUUUUAGGCACGUGCUAGGCAACGUAUAAUCAAUAACAUGAUAGAAUUUCAUUUCAGGCCUAUUUAUCAAUUUUGUGGUAUAUAACUUUCGAAUUUUAGUACGUAAUAUGAAUUUUGAAUCUUCAAAUUGUCUUGAAACUUAAAUGAAAAUUGUUCUUUAAAAAUUCACUGAACUGCAGCUAAAAUUGUUUGUUUAGGUGUUAUUUGAUUUUCGUGUUAACUUGUAAUUUCGUUAGUCGCCGGCAUCUUCUGUUGCUUCACACAGGAAAAACACGCGAUACGAAACGUAAUGAUCGAUUUUGUCCUCAAUCUCACGCCGUAACAGAAAAAGCUUCUGAACAUCUGUAAACUCCGAGCGCUUCGCAGUAAGUAAUAUUUUCAAUGAAUCUUCGGAUUGUUUUCAAGUUCAAGGAUUGUAAAUUACAAUUUUAUGAAAAACGAAGAUUCUGUUAUUUCAGUGUGAAUCCUUGCAUGCCUGUCAGUCGCUGGCGCCGCUUGUUGAAACUAAAACGAAAAAAAAACUCUUUUAAGAUUAUCAUUGGCUUCUUUGUCACCCCACCACUAUUCUUAGCAACAAAGGUUGCAAUUUCGUUUGUUUAUUGCUCGCCAAAAACUAUCAAAUGCACUCAAAAGCCUAAAAUCGAAAAAAAGUUUACAGGAAUCGAGCGAGCGAGCGAGCGAGCGGUAUUCCCCACAUCUUAUCUACAACUCGCUCUUGCGCAUGCGCGCAAUUCACGAGUUAAAAAUGAUGCACGAUGUUGCUCAUUGAGUCAAAAAAUUGAGGCAAAUGUUGUUCGAUAAAAUUGGAUGUCCGAUUGCAACUUUGAUUUUUGGUGGAAAUGGAACACCAUACAUACACAUAAUCGUUACGUACCGUGAACGCUUGACACUACGGCCCACAUGCGCCUGCGAUAUUCUGCUGGACUGCUUCUCAAGAUACUGUGGGGGGAAAAUGUCACCAGUUGUAGCUAAUGGCUUUGCAUUCGGAACUGUUCACUACUUGUCACAUACAAUGUUCGUGGACAAAUAUCAGAACCAUGGGUUCGACAACAUUGUGAUUCACAUGAGAGGUGACUGAGCCUCUUAGAUCGAGAUCAAUUUGUGGAUCUUUUUUAAGUUAUUGGUAAUUUAUCCUUAUAAUACGGUUCUUAGAUACUCACUGAUCACAUUGGCUAUCACGGGUCAAAAUAUGUCAGUAAUUGAUUCAAUUGACAGAACUGCGCCAUCUGUUUAGUAAUUAUGCAAUGGAAAACCUGGUAUUUUUGCUCUGAUACACCUUAUUCCGAUGCAUGUACAUGUAUGUGCUCAAAUUCGUUCUAAGACAACACAAAGUUUCACUAAUAUGUAGCUCUUAUAUUUCUACAGCUAAGUCUGGAGAUGAAGAAGAUUUUAGGGGCAUGCCAUCCCACAAGGGCGACACCUCGAGCGAUUACUUUGCUGAUGCGAGAACUUCUUCUUGUGGAUCUUUUGAAGUUGAUUCUGGACGGUCUGAUUCUGAAGGUGAGGGAUGUCAACUUUUUUUCAGCCGAAUGAUACUUUUACAAUUUUACACAGGCUUUAUUUUCAUCAUUGGUACUUAUACUGCAUGAGAAUGUCAGGUUCUCAAUGGAAUUGGUGACUCCUACAAGCUUUUGGUCUCAUUCAUAAAACCUUCUGUAAAGAGGAAGAAACGCAGGAAGAACUGGUGUCUCUCAUGUGGAUUAUUUUAUUUAGGUUAUAUUCAUCCCCCCCCUAAAGUAACUCUCUAGUCAUGUCACCAACAUGGUUUAAAUGAGGAAUGAAUUUGAGUUAGUUUUUUACGAGCUUAAAAAGUAGUAAUUUGAUGCUAUAAAAUCUUAAAUAGCCUACGCUCGUUUUCCUUAAAAGUGCAUAAAGUUGUUGAAUACCAUUAUUGUCUCUUUGCAGCUGGUUCAAAAGAUAAAGAACCUGAGAAAGAAUUAACUCGCAAUGCAGCCUUGAGCUCUGGUAUGUAAGUUUAGGCAUCAGUUGAGAAUAUAGAGUCAAGGGAGAAAAAUCUAAUACAAAAAAUAGAAUCAGGCUUUUAAACUGGUUUACCUGCAAAAUGGUAUCAUGAUAUUUAACAUUUGCAUUGACAGAGUAUUAUAGAUAUACUAAGACAUUUGGUCUUGCUCACUUAAACCUGUCCUUUUUGUUCGUACUUUAUUGUUCGAGAGAUGCAUUUAGUAGUAGGGAAAUGACAAUUCUGGGACAGCCUGAAAUACAGCUUGAGACAAUUUUUGAGUUCACCAGUUUUGACCGGUUUUGACCGGUUUUGACCAGCUUUGACCAGUUGUGAGAGAGGGCUGCAAACAAUGACACAGACAGCUUGACACAACCUCAGCGCUGCAAUGAACAGCUCACCAUCUCACGAGGGAGUAUCAUCUUGACCUUUGUGUGACGGCUCUCCCUCAUGAUCCUCAAGACUUUAGGCCUUACCACUUCCAUUAGCUCUUUGGGGCUGUACUCAACACCCUCAAUUUGAAUUUGCCUUGCAAGCCCUUUCAACGCGUUAGCAAAGAGUCCGUGGCGGACUCAAAAAUUGUCUUAAGUUGGUUGUAGCACUGUCUCAGAAUUGCCAUCGACUUCACCUGGGAACAGUGCCACAGGCAGCUUGACAAAACCUCAGCACAGCAAUGAACAGCCCAACAGCUACCUUUAUUGUGUUUGGCAGCUACAGUUGUCUGUCACUCUCGAGGCAUCUCAUUUGACCCUGAACAUAAUUAUCUGAAUUGUCAAUCUGUUAGAGUGAGAGUGACACUUCUCUUUUGCAGACCAAGCGUCUCUUUGAUAGCUCUGAUCUCUCUCCUUUGCUCAUCUCUCUCACCUCUUUCAAUCCUCGGCCUGACAUACCUGCUCGUUCUUAGCAUUGGAGUGUUGAUGUCUAGAACAGGAAGGGCAAGGAUAGGGGUUAUUUGUAUCAACUCAUGGAGUUCCCACUUUCUGAGCCUCAAGUAGCCUCUGAGUCCGAGUCAUCUCGUCUCCACAAGCAGUUCAGGUCGUUUCAUGCCGUCUAUUUUAGAGAAACAAAAAAAUCGACAGCUUUUUUCACAAAACAACCUCCAAGCCUCCCAGCCUACCUCCUUCACAACAAUGGCUAAGCUACUUAGUCGACCACUUAGUCUGCUUCCUCGCAAAGACUGGUAUCCAGCUCCUCCACAGCAGCCAAGUCAUAGCUGAUGUUCUUUGCAGUGAUAAGAGCAGCACUUUCUAUUGCCAUGUACUUUGCGUACUUCAGAUUCAGUCGAUCGGCAGCCAUCUCCAGCUCUCUCUCCUGACCGAAAAGUUGUCCUUCAGGUCCUUCAGGAGCUGAAGGAAGGUGACGACAAUAUCACUUCAGAUAUUUGAAGACGGUGAAGCCUCAUACCUCUUGUAGUACAUCUCAACCUACUUCUCAAACUGCCUCUUGACUUGGCAUUGAGUUAGGUCUUGCCUGAUCAUCUUCUUUUGCCUUCCCACGUGCAACGAGAACAGGGAGCUGCUCUCGGUGAUCUGAAUCACUCAUUGGCAAGAGUUUAGCUUCAAGACUACCCCAAGAUGUAAUUGUAUACGUCUUGUUCAAUCACUUCCAUUUUACAAGGUCUGAAACCCCCAAACAUCAUCAAUCGCUUGAGUUCAUUCAACGUUUAUAUCAUCAACUGCGAUCUCUUGGAUAAGAUAAAAAAAAGGUACCAGAAAAAAAGCUAAGCUCCCUGUUACCACUUGGAAAAAGCUCAAAGUUUACUUCGAGAAGAGACAGAAUGGGUUCUCUCUGACCAUAUCUAAACACGGUAGUUGCUAGGUUGGUCGGCGGUGGUUCUAUUGCAAAAUUCACCUUUUUUGCACCUACUUGAAUGAUGAGCGUGAGCAAAACCGAAGUGGAGGCUUUGAGUUUGGUUUAAUUGUGAAGCAUGGCAGGAGAAGCUGGUCUAAAGUACUGCUAUUACUUGAAGAAGAAGGACCUUAUUGAUCUGAUCCUAGGGAAGAGAGAAUCUGAGGUCGAGAUGACUCAUUUUGUGCUCGUGGACAUGACGAUAAUGAACUCCUCAGUCUUCACUAAGAGAGAGUUACAAGAGAAGCAACACCAAGGAGCAAGAGCGGUUUGAAUUCAGAGCUCUGAAAAGGGCUAUGGACUUCUUUGGAGUGAGUGCGCACAGACUUACCAAGGGAAUCAAGAACAGUCUAAUGAUCAUUGACGGUAUUGAGUACAGAUGUGGAAGGGGGUGAAGCUCUUGUCACUCAAGAGUGAGUGACAGGUGCUUGACAGGAACUUGACAGGUAUUUGAGCAGGUACUUGACAGGGACUUAAAAGGGACUUGACAGGUACUUGAGAUGUACUAGACAAGGACUUGAGCAAGUGCCUGCAAAUCACGUAUCCCGACGUGAAUUGGCUGACAAUGAACCUGGGGAACCAGUACCUCAACAGUAGGUCACUUCAACUGAGAAAGAGACUAAACAAAAAGGACUUUGGAUGAGUUGAUACGACUUGCCCAGCACAACAGAAGGGUGAGAGAAGCAAAGAAGCUAAAAUCGAGUGACGGUGGUAGUACGGAAGCCAGUGUGAAGCAAAGCUCAAGCGACAGCAGGGCUAAACUCCCACCCUCGUCAUUCUUGGUCACUCGGAUACUCUCAAUCGCAAUUAUAGUUCUCUCACUGACUAGGCUGUAUCAUAAGAGGAAAUAGAUGAUGGCUCUUCUUAGUAGAGAACAGCUGCAGUCACAGCCACAGCCGACAGAAGCAAAUCUCGAGUGUUGGCCAGAGUAACUGGGAAGAAGAGCCCCGUGGAUCAGACCGGUGAAUUGAGAAUCAUUAUGUUGACGCUAUUAAAAUGACAGAUAACAAGCUCUUGAAGACACUGACUGAUGGAAGAAAGGUCUAUAAGUACGCAUUGACAGCUGCUGAUGUUGUAGGCAGAUUCAAAGCGGCUGAAACUCUCACUUCAAAGGAUUCUUCUAAAUUCUCAGUAGCUUUUCAAAUAAUGUAUAAGCAAGGACUACUGAGAUAGUCGAAGAUUCUUGAGGUUGAUCCUGGGCGUGAGUUCAUGGGUGAUGUCACAAGAGAGAUGGAAAGGCACGAUGUGAGAAUAAGAAAAGGGAUAGUAAACGUUCACAGAAUUCAAGGAAUCUUCAAGAGAUUCGACUUCUUUUUGGCUGAACGCCUCUUUAGUUACCAGUACAGUCAGGAGAUGAACUUCACAUCUGGAAAGAGAUCCACUGAUUGAGUAAAGAGGCUUCCAGAAGUUUUCUCGGCUUUGAAUCAUAAGGCAACCCGAUUAAUGGGAAAGAAACCUGUUGAUGCAAUCAAAGACAAGUCGAUUGAUGCUAAGAGUUCAACUUCUUAUUCAACACCUGUUAGCUUGAAAGAGAAGAGACUCGACUCCUCAAAGAAUGUUAGAUACCUCUAUACCCCUGGUGAGCUGAAAGGUGGUCAGAGAAGAGCGACUGAUUCAGUAUGGUCAAUGGAGGUUUACAAUAUAGAGAGAUAAGUAUUGAAUGAAGGUGAGCCCAUCCUAUAUUAAAAAUUUGUCAAAGGAGAGCUUAAGCUUGUUCCUCCUGGAACUGAGCUAACUCCAGAAGGGGUUUGGUGAUAGAGAUGUGUCACUCUUACAGAUUGACAGGUCAGAUUAUCAGAUUCAGGGUCAAAUGAAAUGCCUCAAGAGUGACCAACUGUCAAAUGCAAUAAAGGUGGCUUUCAGGCUUUUCAUUGCUUUGCUGAGGUCGAGUCGAGCUUCCUCAGCUGAUGAGAACUCUUUUUGUCAAGCUGUCUCUGGCACUGUUCCCAGGUGUAGUCAAUCGCAAUUCUGAGACAGCGUUAUAGCCAACUUGAGAAAAUUUUUGGGUCUGCCUGGAACUGUGUGACAGACAGCUUGACACAACUAGAUUGCAGUGGGUUGUAACUCUUUCUCCAAACUGGUCAAAACUAGUCAAAAGUGGUCAAAACUGGUAGAACCCAAAAGUUGUCUCAAGCCGUCUUUUAGGCUGUCCCAGAAUUAUUUCUCUACUACUCAUUUCCUGCUGAAAGCAAAAGAUCUCAGGAACUGUUGUAUGCUACCUAAAGGAUACGAUAAUUUUUUUGACGCAGGGACUUUUACAAAAGAUAGAGAGCCAACAGAAAAGGAAUCCCCGACCUUAACUCCUCCAGUUGAACCAUCUUCUAAUGAAACAACCCAAUUUGACCAAGCAGAGGACGAGGAAAAGACGCAUUUUCGGUCUUCUCGCUUUCACAUGUUUAAAAGUCUUAGUGAGUUUACUUCGUUUUUUGUGUCAUUUGUGGGGGGUUAAACAAUAUUAUGCUUGGGAUGCAUUUUGGGGAAGUGUGUUUUGUCUUGGGAUAUGCAUAAAUAUAAUGUAAGAGCUUAAACUUACUGUGUGCCUCAGAAUACGACUCUGUUGUUACUUAAGCUCCAGCGUAUAUCGGUGGAUUUACAGAGUCUGACUUUCCCACUAAAGAAGUACAUAAAUUGGAAGAAAGUCUUAGACAGGAGACCAGAUCAUAUAUCGAGUGUCUCGAAGAAGUAAGAUCAGGUGUCGAGUGUCUCGAAGAAGUGAGAUCAGUUGUCAACAAAUUAGUAGCACAGGAUAAUGUUAUUAAGGUAAAAGUUGAAGACUUCACUUUGCUGGAGGGGAAAUAGAUCAUUUGAAACUUAAUAUGGAUCAAGAUCAAACAGGUGUAAACUGAUUAAAAAACUGUACAUGACUUUUAGAUUAACAGCAAUUUUAAGAUACAGUGUAGCAGAGUCUUGUAAGCACUACUUAGAGACAUCAGCAAUUUUAGGGAGUGUACUUACGUAGUAAUAGUUCGACGGAAUAACUUCCAGUUUUCGCAAAAAUGCUUUGUACACGUCUUGAAAUCCUUUCUUCUUCCAUAAGAUGAAUUUCUUCUAUAUUCAGAGUGCCACCUUUAACAAUUUGUUGUCUUUUAUUUCAAAACAAUUUGUGCAAGAAGUAGACUGCACCCACUGCAUUUACGGGCAUUGUGACUCUUGUGGGAUGUUUUUACUUUUACAACUUCACGGAAAAAAGCAAGAAGCUCAUGAUUAAAACUAUUUCCAUGAAACUUGAUUUUCUAGAUUUUUAUUGUUACUGUAAAUUGUUCUCUUUUACAUGACCAUUUUUAUUUUAUUUUACAGUUCCAACUUACUUUUCUCACGGAGUAACCAAACAUGCCUCAGGCGACCUCUCGUCAGCACUUCAGUCCAAACAGUGUGCUCUUGACAUAAGAGUUAAGCUCUUCGGGGAAGAAGACCCAGACACAGCUCAGAGUUAUUUUUCUCACGGAGUAACCCAACAUGCCUCAGGCGACCUCUUGUCAGCACUUCAGUUCUUCCAGCGUGCUCUUGACAUAAGAGUUAAGAUCUUCGGGGAAGAACACCCAGACACAGCUCGGAGUUAUCUUUCUCUCGGAGUAACCCAACAUGCCUCAGGCAAACUCUCGUCAGCACUUAAGUCCCUUCAGCGUGCUCUUGACAUAAGAGUUAAGAUCUUCGGGGAAGAACACCCAUACACAUCUCACAGUUAUUUUCGUCUCGGAGUAACCCAACAUGACUCAGGCGACCUCUCGUCAGCACUUCAGUCCCUCCAGCGUGCUCUGGACAUAAGAGUAAAGAUAUUCGGGGAAGAACACCCAUACACAUCUCACAGUUAUUUUCGUCUCGGAGUAACCCAAUAUGCCUCAGGCGACCUCUCGUCAGCACUUCAGUCCAAACAGCGUGCUCUUUGCAUAAGAGUUAAGCUCUUCGGGGAAGAACACCCAGACAAAGCUCAGAGUUAUUUUUCUCUCGGAGUAACCCAACAUGCCUUAGGCGACCUCUUGUCAGCACUUCAGUCCUUCCAGCGUGCUCUUCACAUAAGAGUUAAGAUCUUCGGGGAAGAACACCCAGACACAGCUCGGAGUUAUUUUCGUCUCGGAGAAACCCAACAUGACUUAGGCGACCUCUCGUCAGCACUUCAGUCCCUCCAGCGUGCUCUUGACAUAAGAGUAAAGAUAUUCGGGGAAGAACACGCAGACACAGCUCAGAGUUAUCAAACUCUCGGAGUAACCCAAUAUGCCUCAGGCGACCUCUCGUCAGCACGUCAGUCCAAACAGCGUGCUCUUGACAUAAGAGUUAAGCUCUCCGGGGAAGACCACCCAGACAUAGCUGAGAGUUAUUUUUCUCUCGGAGUAAAAACCCAAGAUGACUCAGGCGACCUAUCAUCAGCACUUCAGUCCUGCCAGCGUGCUCUUGACAUAAGAAGUAAGAUCUUCGGGGAAGACCACCCAGACACAGCUCAGAGUUAUCUUUCUCUCGGAGUAACCCAACAUGACUCAGGCAAACUCUCGUCAGCACUUAAGUCCCUUCAGCGUGCUCUUGACAUAAGAGUUAAGCUCUUCGGGGAAGAACACCCAGCUACAGCUAAGAGUCACUUUUCUCCUGGAGUAACCCAACAUGCCCCAGGUGACCCCUCUUCAGCACUUUAGUCCUCUCAGCGUGCUCAAGACGUAAGAGUUAAACUCUCCGGGGAAGAACAUUCAGGAACAGCUCAGAGUUACGUUUCUCUCGGAGUAACCCAAUUUUACUCAGGACACUUUAAUCUUUUUGGCGUUUAUUGCAAAUGAUUUUAACUCAUCGUGGAAAAGCACGCAGACAUAGCAAUGAAUCAGAGUAGCACCAAAGUAUCUGGGCGACUCUACUUUUGCUGCGCGUUUAUCUUCACGGCGUUCAUUUGACGUAUAGAGCUGCUAAGGAUAGAAUACCAAGUUAAUGCUUAAACCUUUUUACUUUCUCGCAGUAAAGCAGUAGACGAUUUAAUGAGCAACUGUAUUAACGUAAUUAAUGACUUUAAGUCUAAUUACUGAAAAGCGCAGCUUUAUGUUUGGUUCAAAUUCUUCUAGGAAAACCACCAAUGUUAUCUAGUUAUUGAGAGAGAGGGAGUGUGGGGGGGGAAGGUGAGGUACUCCGUUAACCUUGUCCUGGGGAUACACCGCUGAGUCUUUCAGACUCGAUCUACGCCCGUUUUACACAUUAUAACUAUUAAUAUACCAAAAAAAUCUUGCGUGCGUAUCAGUCGAAAGCCUGUCAAUCAUUCCUCAACAGAGAACAUAAAAAAGCCAUCUUACAAUUUAUAUUUUUUGUCAGAGCGACGAAUGGUUAAUGGUAGAAACUUCAGCUUAGAAACUCUCUACGGUGGCCAAUUUACGUUACUUCCCACCCUCAGAGGCCGAAAAAGUAGAUUUUUCGUUUAUUUGACUAAAAAAUUUAACCUGACAUUUCCAUUAAAAAAAAAUUUUCUGAAAUUUUCUGAAGCACC